AGCCAUUGACCCCGGAACUUACUUUCAGGAAAGCAGCCUCCUUCAAAAUGAAUUUGAACACUUUUGUCUUUGGAUGGGAAUCUUCUGAUAAUGAACGGAGUGGUUAAUCCAAGCCAUGUAGUGAAACCAGAAAUUUGAAGAAAAUGGAAAUGCUCACGUUCUUGUUGACGUGUGUUUCCCUACCCCUCAUCAGGGGGCACAGUCUUUUCACUUGUGAACCAAUCACUGUUCCCAGAUGCAUGAAAAUGACCUACAACAUGACAUUCUUCCCCAAUCUGAUGGGUCAUUACGACCAGGGUAUUGCUGCUGUAGAAAUGGAGCAUUUUCUUCCUCUUGCAAAUCUGGAUUGUUCACCAAAUGUUGAGACAUUCCUUUGUGAAGCUUUUGUACCAACUUGCACAGAGCAAAUUCAUGUGGUUCCACCUUGUCGAAAAUUUUGUGAAAAAGUAUAUUCUGAUUGCAAAAACUUAAUUGACACAUUUGGGAUCAGAUGGCCUGAGGAACUUGAAUGUGACAAAUUGCAAUAUUGUGAUGACACUGUUCCUGUAACUUCUGACCCACACACAGAAGUGCUUGGUCCUCAGAAGAAAACGGAACAAGUACAAAGAGACAUUGGAUUUUGGUGUCCAAGGCAUCUUAAGACUUCUGGAGGACAAGGCUAUAAGUUCCUGGGAAUUGAACAAUGUGCACCCCCAUGCCCCAACAUGUAUUUUCAAAGUGAUGAGCUAGACUUUGCAAAAAGUUUUAUUGGAAUAGUUUCAAUAUUCUGUCUUUGUGCAACUCUUUUUACAUUUCUUACUUUCUUAAUUGAUGUUAGAAGAUUCAGAUACCCGGAAAGACCAAUUAUAUAUUACUCUGUCUGUUACAGCAUUGUAUCUCUUAUGUACUUCAUUGGAUUUUUGCUGGGCAACAGCACUGCCUGUAAUAGGGCAGAUGAAAAGCUGGACCUUGGUGACACGGUUGUCCUAGGAUCUCAAAAUAAGGCUUGCAGUGUAUUAUUUAUGUUUUUGUAUUUUUUCACAAUGGCUGGCACUGUGUGGUGGGUGAUUCUGACCAUCACUUGGUUCUUAGCUGCAGGAAGGAAAUGGAGUUGUGAAGCCAUUGAACAAAAAGCAGUGUGGUUUCAUGCUGUUGCCUGGGGAAUUCCAGGUUUUCUUACUGUUAUGCUUCUUGCGAUGAACAAAGUGGAAGGAGACAACAUUAGUGGAGUGUGCUUCAUUGGCCUUUAUGACCUGGAUGCUUCUCGCUACUUUGUGCUUUUGCCAUUGUGCCUCUGUGUGUUUGUGGGGCUGUCUCUCCUUUUAGCUGGCAUUAUUUCCUUAAAUCAUGUGCGCCAAGUUAUACAGCAUGAUGGCCGGAACCAAGAGAAACUGAAGAAGUUUAUGAUUCGAAUUGGAGUCUUCAGUGGCCUAUACCUUGUGCCCUUAGUGACACUCCUUGGAUGUUACAUCUAUGAGCUAGUGAACAGAUUUACCUGGGAAAUAACCUGGGUCUCUGAUCAUUGUCGCCAGUACCAUAUCCCAUGUCCUUAUCAGGCAAAAACAAAAGCUCGGCCAGACCUGGCCUUAUUUAUGAUAAAAUACCUGAUGACAUUAAUUGUUGGCAUCUCUGCUGUCUUCUGGGUUGGAAGCAAAAAAACCUGUGCAGAAUGGGCUGGGUUUUUCAAACGAAAUCGCAAACGAGAUCCCAUCAGUGAAAGUCGAAGAGUGCUGCAGGAGUCAUGUGAGUUUUUCUUAAAGCACAAUUCUAAAGUGAAACACAAAAAGAAGCACUACAAACCAAGUUCACAUAAGCUGAAGGUGAUUUCCAAAUCCAUGGGAACCAGUACAGGAGCCACAGCAAAUCACGGCACUUCUUCAGUGGCCAUCACUGACCAUGAUUACUUAGGACAAGAAACUUUGACAGAAAUUCAGACCUCCCCAGAGGCAUCCAUGAGAGACCUGAGAACUGACAGAGCAUGCACCCCCAAACUAAGGGAACAGGACCAUGGUGAACCUGCUUCCCCAGCUGCGUCCAGCUCCAAACUCUCUGGGGAACAGGUGGACAAGAAAAGCAGGGCAGGCAGCGUGAGGGAGAAAAGCAGUGUGUGUGAAGGCGCUCAGAGUGAAGGAAGGCUAAGUCCAAAGAAUGACGUUACUGAGAGUGGCCUGGUGCAGAGCAACAGUGUGCAAGUUCCCAGUUCUUCAGAGCCGAGCAGCCUCAGGGGUUCCACAUCACUGCUUGUUCACUCAGCUUCCGGGGUGAGAAAAGAACAGGGUGCUGGCAGUCAUUCCGAUACUUGAAAACCUAGAAACAAAUUCAUGUUACACUGGACCUGACCAAUGCACUGCCUUACGAGAAUCACUGUCAGCUAGGGAUGUAGCUCAGUGGUAGAGCACCUGCCUAGCAGGCUCAAGGUUUUGGGUUCAAUUCCCAGGACUGAAAAAAAGAAAAAUCUCUGUUCUUUUGCACUUAACGCUGCAUUAUCUACUGUUAAGCUGGAA